AUGGCUGGACGUUACACCACGACUUCUUUACAAGCUGAUGCAGAUCUACAGGACGACGCAUAUGAUCAAGAGGGGAAUGAUCAUGAACCUUAUAUUAAUACUCCCAUCAAUUUCACCGCACGAGCUGAAAGCAACAUUGAUCAAUAUGAGCGCCAGCUGGACGGUUUUCGAGAAAAUGCAAUAUCAUAUUCAAAUGAGAUGGAAAAAACUCUUGGUGCUUACCAACGAGUAGCAAAGGAAGUGGAAGAUUUGAAAAAAGAGCUGCAGAUUCUGCGAACUGAGCUCGGUGGUUUGACUACUGAACAUGAUAAGCUGCAACACGCACUGACUCAACAAAACAAAACGACAAGAGACGAAAACGAACAGAGAAAUGAUCAUGAACAACAAAUGGCUAUUUCGAAUAAUCAAAAUCGUAUACUCGAAGAGCAACAAAAGAAACAACGUGACAUGGAGAAAAACUAUGAAGCAGAUGUCGCACAAUGUGAGAAAGAGAAAAACAGGAUUGAUCUGGAAAUUGAAGGAUUACAAACAGAAAAAGAAGGUUUAAAAGAUGAAAUAGAACAAAUAAAAGCGCAGAUAAAACAAGUGGAUGAACAAUUGAAGAAGACGCAGCAAGAUUUAGCUCAGCGUUCGGCAGAGUUACAACAGCAAGAAGCUAUGAUGCGUAAACUAGAAAGUGAACAGCAGCAAAUCAAUAUGGAAAUUCAACAUCUGCAAAAACUGAUCGACCGUAUUCAAGAAUUAAUCGCGCAAAAUGAGAACCAGCAAGAUAAUUUGGAAUCACGUAUAGAACAGUUGAAUCAUGAUAAACAAAAUGCUGAAAAUGAACUACAACAUGCAAAUGACGCAGCUCAGCAAGCACAACAGGCUAUUCAAGCAUUAGACACGGAGAUGAAAACACUGCAAUCUCAACUAGAACAACUCGUCCAAGAAAAAAAUCAAUUAGAACAACAAUGUCGUGAAGCAAUGAACAAAGUUGAGGAAGUGAAGCAAGAGCUUGCGCAGAUACAAGAAGAGGUGAACCAUUUACAAGAACAGCUUCAGGCGAUUAAUCAACAGCUGAACGAAAAACAAGAAGAAUUAGCUGCAGUUCAAACUGAAGAGAAAAACUUACAAGAAUUAUUGCAGAAAGAGAAGCAGACUCUGGAAGAAAUAGAUAAACGUGUCGAUAGUUUUAAAAAUGAAUAUAAACAGGCAGAGCAUGUACUUAGCGCUACACAAGGGCGUUUGGAACAAUCAAAGAAAGAUCUUCAUGAACAAGAACAAUUAGAAGCCAAAAUGCGUAAAACAUAUGACGAUCAAACAACAUUAGUCAACCAAGCACAAGCCAAAGCUGUUGAAGCCAAUCGAAAUGAAUCAGAAGCCAAACAAGCCUUACACAACGCUACUCGUGAGCAAAAGGCAGCAGAAGUUGAACUUGGACACCUGCAAUAUCAGUUAAGUAUUGACAAUGCACUCCUUGUAGCAGCUAUGAGAGAACGUGAAGCUGCACUGAAUAUGCCAUUCGAAACACGCCAAGCAGCACUUUCGAUAAUAGAUAACAAGAUCAGUAGUCUUAGACGAACUGUGGCCGAACAAGCCAACAAAAUACGUACAGCGGAGAGCAAUUUACAUCUCGCAAGUGAUAAGUGUAACAAAGCCCGAGAAUCAUGUCAAACAGCUGAGCAGAAUAAGAAAAAUGCCGAUCAGUUUCUAACUGAUUCAAAAACAAAAUUAACUGAUUGCAAAACAAAGUUGGAUCAGCAGACAACAGUCAAAGAUGGAGCGAAGAGCGAAGUGGAAAAGCAAACUGUAGCAGUUGAGAAAGCCACGGAAAAGGUCAAACAAACUGAACAUCAAUUAAAUCAAAAUAAAGAGCAACAAACACAACAAAAGAUAAAAGUAGAUACCGUCGAUCACCAAGUAAAGGAAAAAACAACUCAGGUCGUUCAAUUGAAAGCAGCACACGACGAGUUGCAAACCAACCAGAAACAUAGCCAGGGCAUACUCACUCAAGCAAAUGGCACUUUGGAACAAACGAAAGUUAAAUAUAAUCAAUCCACAAAAGAUCUCAAAGAAUUACAGGAGAAGGACACAGCGAAAAAUAAACAAAUUGGAGAAAAUAAGACUUCGAUUGAGCAAAAGCAAACCCAAUUGGACAAUGCACGCUCUGAGUCUUCUCACAAGGAGACUUUAUCACGUGAAGCUAAAAGUAAGGUUAAGCUAAUUGAACAAGAACUGAAGAUGCAAGGACAAUCCAAAGAGAAACUAGUUGAAGAAAGUCGAAGACAAAAACAAAACCUUUCUUCAGAGCGAAACAAAAGUGAUAACCUCGCCAGUAGGAAAGACGCUGUUCAGGAAAAGCUCACGCAAACACAAAACGAAAGAGCAAGGAUCGAGAACGAAGUUCAUCGGCAAAGUCAAGAAUUAGAAACUCAAAACCAAUUAUUGACGGAAAAAAAUAAGGAGAUGAAUACAGUUUCUAAAAACGUGAAGGCCAAGGAGCGCGUGGAAAAACAACUUAACAAACAGUUGGAAAAGCAGACAGCUAGUUUGAAACAGAUCCAGGCACAAAAGGCCGAUUUAGAACAAAAACAGACCAGCCAACAGCAACCUGUUAUCGACAGAAAUCAUCCAACGGUUGAUGGUAUUGACAUACAAAAAGUCAGAGAUGCUCUUCAACAAAUGUCCGACCAGUUCAUUAGAAUUCCUAGAGAAAUCGAUGCAAAAGAGCAAGAUUGCGAACAACGCGAGGAGGUGUUAAACGAACUCAAUACUCGUAUGCAGAACUUGCAGGCUGCAAAACAGGAAAAAGAUAAGGAGGAAAAGCGCGCUUGUAAUCAUUUUAUAGCCGAGUGCAACAAAGAAGUUUAUAAAUUGCAACAAGCUCAUCAAGCAUUAUAUGAGACAAAUUCAAAUCAACAACAACAACAAAAUCGAAACUAUAAUUUCGCGUAG